UUCACCGGGCAUAUUCCUGGAGCAAAAUGGCAAGUGGGAAGUCGCUACAGGCCUCCUUCUCGAAGUCUACAGUCUUCCUAUGCACCAUCGUCUUUCUCCGAGCAAUCAGCGUCUGAUACCCAUUUGAGAAGAGCCAAGGAGAAUCACAAUCAUGAGCAUGAAAAUGAGGUCACCGAAGAUGAUAGAAGAAGUGGUGUUGGGCACCAGUACGGCCACCACUCUGAAAGCGGACAUCGCGUGAGAAGCGUGCAAUUCUCUCCGGAACAAUCACGACGAGGUUAUAUGGAGAAGAAUCAUGGGGGCUCGGAGAUGCCCUACGCUGAAGACUCACAGUUAUCGUUGCUUCGCCCUGGAAGCUCCGAGAUGUCGAUCAUCUAUAAUAGUGAAGGUUUUCCAGUGCGAAUCAUAAAGAACAAUCAAGUUCUACAUACAAGCACAAGUGAUGCACAAUCAUUACGAGGAUUGAGUAGUCCGGGGAGCGAACAUCUGAGGAACGGGUUUCCGCUUGAACCUGCCCCUCUACCACAAACCAGGCCUCCAUCGGUGAAGCAGAGAGCGAGAAGAACCGUCGAAAGAGACCCGUUUGAAGGCCUAGAAGGAGGAUGGUGGAGUAAGGGAGAAGUCCUGAGAAACAAGGAGCGUCGAGAAUUGGCGAAUACUGGUAAAACAGUUGCUGGAGGUGAUUGGUCACAACGACCCGAGACACCGAAACAAAGGCCAUCUAGGUGGAAGGUAGGUUGCUGA